CCAUAUGUGCCAGGUGCACGGUCGUGCGCUUCUCCUCGGCCAGGCCGUGUCGGCUGCACGGGCAAAAACCAGCCAUGCACGGCCGUGCGCCCCUGCCCGUGCAGCCGAGGCACGGCCUAUUUAUAUGGCCUGCACGGUCAUUGUGGUCAGAAAACCAAAACCACUCGCCGGAAUCCUCUGCCCUCGCCAGAAAACCGCGCAAAACCCACCUUUUUUCGAUUUUUUCGGCCACUUUGGGUAAUUUUUUCACCAAACCAACUACAAACCCACUCUUUCUACACCCAAAGCGGCCUAUCCCUCGAUUUUGAGCGAGUUUGGGCGACGUUUUCGUCGCCGGAGGCGAUUUCCGGCGAGACUCCGGCGAGACUCCGACGAGCAUUUCCGGCCAGUUUUUCAGCGUUUCGUCACUUCCAUUGUCUUCCCCUCAUCAUUCCCUACACCUCUACUUGAGUCUCCAGGUUUGAUUUUGCCCUUAACUAUGUUAAUUGUGGAGAAUUGAGUGUGUAGGGUGUAUGUUAGAGAACCUUAUUGAAUCAUGUGAAUCUUAUGAAAUUGAUUGAGGGGAAUGCAUGGGAUGUGAUUGAAUUAUGUUGGGCAAAGUCCCCUUUGAUUGUUUAAGCCCUUGUGUGCAAGAAUUUGGCCAAUUUCAUGUUUAACUUAGUAGUGCACACAAGGUGUUCGCUGAAAUGCCUGUUUUCCAUGCCCGGUUGUGGCCACCGGUUGGGGCCCUUAAUGAUGUAGUUUGAGGGUGUAUUUGCUAUGGAUGUGAACCUUGAGUUGCCUAUUUUCUUGUGCAUGUGCACCCCCACCCUGAUUCUGCUUGAUUUAUCGAGAUUUUGACCCCCGAACUAUGGAUGAAACCAUGGUUAGGCUGUUUUCUGUUCUUAAGUGUGGGGGUGCGCUUGACCUUUUUCUUUGGCUCUUUUGGGUUCCACUUUGGGUUGUUGUUUUGCAGGGCAAUGACGAAACCUAAUUUCCAGCACCCGUUCAUCCGGGAUCUGAGGAGGGGACCCACCGCAGAGCGCUUCAAGGAGGUCGCGGAAACCCCGUUUGGGUCACACCAUUGCUGGUCCAAACGGGAGUUUCGGCGAUUGCACUGCUACGAGCAGCUCUCCGCCGCGGUCGCCAACACCGCCUGGCGCCGUCUGCUCCAGCUCUGCGAGAAGGUCUACUACGAGCCGGUGUGGGAGUUCUACACGACCUUCAAGCACAAUACCACGGACAACUGGCAGGACGGUACGGCCGUCCAAUUCAGGCUAGGCGGGGUCCCCCGGUCCUUGAGCUACCACGAGCUGGCCGAGGCUCUCGACCUCGACCUCGACGACCGUGAGGACUACGUCACCGAGGUGAAUGAGCCACCGGCGGUGGACUUCGGGAGGCUGUACACCAGCCUGGCUCGGCCAGGCCAGACGCGUCCCUUCCGGUCAGGGAGGACGAAGGCCUCUACCCUGCAGAUCGACAACCGACUUCUCCACCACCUGCUGGUGAAGUCUUACACUCCUGCAGCUGACAGCGCCGGCGCCAUCACGAAGAGGUCCCUGUACUUCCUCCAUUCGAUCCGCCAGCGCCGCCAUCCUCUCCACCUGGGUUCAGUGGUGGCCAAGACCUUCGAGAAGACGGCCACAGAGCUGAAGAGCCUCCACUGCGCCCCCCUCAUCACCCGCCUGGCCACCUUCUUUGGCCUUUCACUGCAGGGGUGCACCGAGGAGGGGGACACCCUCAUCUUUGGCCGCACGACGAUCGGGAAGAUGCUGCUGUUGCGGGAGAGGAACGGUGUUCAAUGGGUCGAUGGGUUUCCGGAGCCUCCGAUCCCCGCGGAGCCCGUACCAGAGGAGGAGGAGGCUGCCGAUGAGGUGGAUCCCGAGGAGGUGGAUGCUGCUGCUGAUGCUGCUGAUAAUCCCCCACAGACUGACUUCCAUUUCGGGGGUAGCAGCUCCAGUUUCCCGGGGCAGGAUUACUUCACUUCCCAGUUCGAGCAGCUGCGUCUCCAGAACCAGCAGAUCAUCGACCAUCAGCUGCAGUUCCAGCAGCAGUACGCGGCUCACCAGGCCGAGUACCACCAGAGGAUGGCGAGUUACGACGAGAGAUUGGACUAGCUCCAGACCCAGCAGGGCGUGGCCCUUGCCCACAUCGAGCGGGAGAAGCGCCGCUCCCGGCGCAUGCAGGAGGUCCAGCAGCACCUGCUCCAGCUGCUCCCGGGUGAGCCACCUGUCUGGAGGACUCCCUGGGAUGACUCCCCUCCACAGGAUGGUGCUACUGGCGCUGCGGAUGAUGACGCGUUCAUGAACGACAUCGACCUCGACGAUCUUGGCGACGAGUAGGCUGUACUCGUUGCCCGUCUCAGUGUGUUUUCUUUUUCAUUUUAGACUUUUGUGUGUUUGCUCCAUGUGUGCGGAGCUUGAACUUAGUGUCGUUUGUUUUUGGUUUUUCCUUUGUGGUUUGAUGUAGCCGUCUGGGCUAACACUUAUCCCUAACGCACAGUGUGCUAGUGUGUUUCUGAUGUUCGAUUUGUGCAGCAUUGUCCACUCUCCCGUUCGUUUCUCGCUGACUGGUCCACUUCCAGUCCCCCAGCAGUGUUCCUACCCGGUAACAUCGUUCCCCUUAUCUUUCUCUCUGCUCCAUUGAGGGCAAUGUCGUUCUUAAGUGUGGGGGGAUGCUUUGUAUCGGUUGGAAUAUUUAUGAUGGUGCUUGGAGCCUAGUCCGCUGUCCGAAUCUUACGAUUUGAGGGCUCCAAGUACUGCUGUUUGAUCAUAUUGGCACUGUGUUUUGAUGGAUGAAUUGAUUGGUUUUCGGAUUAAUGCAUGACAACUUGUUUGCGACUAGGACAACCUAUGAUGAGGACUGAGAUGUGCAGUAGAACGAUGUAGGGGUUCAGUUUUUCAACUGUUUGCUUGCCAACUGUGACUUGAUCUGACUUGAUCUGAUUACUUGUUCUUAACAGUCGUUUAUGCAUCUAGUUCAGGGUAGCAGAAUAUGAGAUAGAGCAUAUAGGUAGCCAUGUGAGAUUUGAGCCUGCUCGUUUCUUUCUUGUGCGAUAGAUCCCUCUUCCAUGAUGUGUAGCAUUCACGUUGUCACUAGCUAAGAUGAUGGGGGCAUAGGAUUAGCCCACGCCCAAAACUGACUGUCCUGAUGUGUCAUAUCCCCUAGUCAGCCCCUUUGAGCCGUGUGUUAUCCUUUCUUUUGGUCUAUAAUGAAAAGAAAUCACCCUUGUUGCAUCUUUUAGAAGGUUCCACAGAGUGGUUUUUAUAUAUUCUCUGCUGUUUCUGCUAAAGUCUAUGUGAGUGUUGGAGGUAGUGCUUAAAAGUUGGGCGGAUGUUUGAAAUAUGUGCAGGAGUGGUGGCUCUCUUAAGAAAUGAAAAGAAAAUGAAAGAGAAACAAAGAGAAAUUGAAAGUAAAAGAGAGCCACUACCAAAAAUCUGAAUAAUGCCCAGUAAGUAGUGUUUCUUAGCAGUCUGGCUUGGAAAUGCUGAUGUUUAUGCCUCCUUCGCUCUUGUGCUCUUAAGAUAUUGAGUAAUGCGGGAUAGCAGAAAGAAAAUACCGGGUUGCUGACUGUGUUUGUGUGUUCGGGAAAUGUGGAACCUUUUGCUAUGAAUACUUCCACCACCUAAAAGGCCUUUUCCCCAUGUCCAAGACCCUAGCCAGUCAUUUGAACCUGUGUCUAAGACCUCCUGAUUAGUUAGUGGUGACACCCCAUAUGUGAACUCUAGCAUUUAGAGGCUGCCAUCAUGGUGAAGAGAUGAUAGGGAUUGAGAGAAAUAGCAUGCGCAUCUUUCGCAUCAAAUUGUCCUGACCCCACUGGUCGAGAGUGAGUGAUUCAUGUUCAUUUUCUAUAUGCUCUUGUACCCCGGUGAGGACCUAGAUUGCUCGGUCUCUAUUCUGAUGUCUUGAGUUGGAUGCAUGAGUUGACUGUUUUGAGUAAGUGGUUGAAUCAAGUCUAGGUUGGCCAGUGAACAGACGGGAGACUCUUCCUUUACUCGAUUUGCUGCACUCGAAUGUCCUUUGUGGUGGUUGUCCAGGUUGUUGUUGAGGUUGUGCAUGUAUUGAUGUUUGAAAACCAGUGCGAUUCACGUGUUCUGUGCCUUUAUGACUUGUCCCCAAUGUUGGUUGAUUGAAAUAUGUAAGCUUACCUAGUGUCUGACUUGGUUUGCUUGGGGACAAGCAAACGGUUAAGUGUGGGGGAGUUUGAUAGACCGUUAUUUACACAUGUUUUUACCCCUGUUCUUACACCGUUUGAGAUGUGAUUUCUCGUGUUUUAGGCCGAUUUCACGCUAGGUUGUGCUUGUUUGUCAUAUUUCAGGUCCUAGUACGUGAAUGAAGGCUUAGGAGCGAUUCUGGGGUCGAUUGGACGAAGAACAGACGAAUGGCGAGGUUUUUGGGAGCUGCACGGGCAGACCAGAGGGGCUGCACGGCCGUGCACGGUUGCAAUCUGGCCGUGCGCCUCAUGCCGAGGAGCUGCACGGGCAGGCCCUGAAGAUUGCACGGCCGUGCACCUGGCCGUGCAAGAAGCCUGAGUUCAAUUAAGGGAUACGCUGCGUUUCAUGGUGCACGGCCAGACUGGUGAAGUGCACGGCCGUGCACCCUGGCCGUGCAACUCGGGAAACCCGGUUUUAAAGCCUAAUCCGAGCCAGAAGUGAGAGGAGAGUGUUUUCAGAGCAAAAACAGAGCCCUAGAGAGAGAAAGUACGAAGAACACAUCCUAGAAGCUGUCUUAGAGCUGGAUUUCAUCGAAUCGAGCCUGGAGAUCGUCAUAGGAGUGAAAAUCAUCGUCCCGGAGCAGAUUAUCCUCAUCGUUAUGAGUAUGACUAAUCCGAUUCCUGUUUUCUCUUCUCUCUCUAUGGAGUAGAACCCUUCUCUCACUUGGGGAUGAAGAACCCUAGUUCUAUGUGUUAGGGGAUUGAUUGUAAUGACUUGGGAUGAUACUACUGUUUGAUUUUAAUCGAAUGAUGCAUGUUUCAUGAAUUGAUUUGAGUCUGAUCAGCUUGUCUCAAUUUCUGCUUCAACCUGAGAUAGAUAGAAUCUGAUUAGGUUGUUAGAGCCUCUUCAUUCGAUAGUAGGAGGUUGGCUAUACGAGAGUUAGCCAGUUUACUGCUUUGUACUGGUGUUCUUGGCGCCAGUAGUGGAGUUCUGUGUUCAUAGCCUCAGCUUUCUAUCCCGGUGAAGACUAGUCGUCUGCCGGGUAGUUAGACUGAGAGGGCUCGGUCAGCUUAAGAGAUUCCAAGCUACUGUCGGAUCUUCCGCAGUCUAAUCAACAGUAAAUCAACCCAGGGUAAAUUGCAAUUGAAACCUAACUAAAGAGCUAGGGGGAUUCAUUCCCGAGUGACUCUUUCCUGCUUAAGAAAACCGAAUAAUUUCCUGCUUUAUUUCUGCUUUUAGUUUAAACAACAAUCACUUACUCUAGUUGGCUAGAUAACAGAGAAUCACUGAGUAAGCAGUAGAUCUAGACCCCGGGUUGAUAAUAUAACUUGCCUGUUACUGCAUUCCCGGUCUGCGAUUACACUUGGUCGCAGAUUGGUGUUGUGUUUUGGCGUGUCACACCCUAAGGGUGCAUUUUAGAAAUAGACCGCACCAGUAAGGUGCGUUCCAAUUUUUUGGACUCAAAUUGCAUUUUGGCCAAGCGGUUUUAGGUCUGACCUACCGAAACCGCUUGGCCGAGGUGGGGUUUUAGGUCUGACCUAUUAAAACCGCAUCAUAAAGAUGCGGUUUGUUUCUCCUAGAUAAAACCGCAUCCUAACA